AUGUCAACAAAUGUAUUCAAUUCAUUGGUAGCAUUCAACAAACUAUCGAUUAAAGAUAUCUCAAAGAAUGUAUCGUAUUCACUCUUGAAUACAGUUAAACAUCUUUCGUCAAAGGAAAAGAUUAUUAUUGCAUCUGCAUCUACUGCAUGGUUGGGUUUUGCUUACUAUACAGAAACAACGUCUACAAUUACAGAUCAAUCAGUGGAUCAAUUUAUAGAAAUACUUGAACGUAUGAUGGAUCUUGCCUAUUCGAUUGAGGGUAUCAAUGAACUGUACGAUAUGGACUAUUCAUUGAUGGAAAAUAUUGCAGCUUGGUUGGAAUACAAUGACGCUGCAAUGACUAAAUUAGAACCUCAAUUGGGACGUAUCCUUGUUAUUCUCGCUCGUUUUCUACACAACAUGAUUUUUGUAUUGAUUAAUUCUGAAGAAGGUGGCAAUCCUCUUCCUGUCCUAGCCGAUCGUUUCGAUGGUUUUCGUUCUCAUCCCAUCGCUGAAAAUCUAACUCAAAUUUGGAGAACUAUGUUAUUAAAAUAUAAUUUAGAGAAUGAAAGUACUAGAUUCAUAGUACUUUCACUCUUGUCAGAGUCAUCACAUGGUGUACCAUUGGAAACAUUUCCAACCAAGAAUAUUCUAUCCUUUUAUCAUCAAUUGAAACCCCUUUAUAAUGGAGGUUGGACCUACGACUCUAUCGAUCAAACACUCAACCGUCUGGCCAAUAUUUUAGUGUCGAGAUAUGAUGACGGUGAUAUUGAAGAGCCACUCGAGAAAAUAGAGUCUUUUGCAGGAUACCGUUACCGUCGUUAUAUUCCUCAUUGGAUUCUUUCAACCAAGGAAACAAUACUUCUCACUGCACUGGGAUCGUCCCUUGCCGUUGGCUCUAAAGUGGUGUCUAUUCCAAUGCAACUUAACUCGUUGUCCAUUUUGGCUGAUGGAGAAACCCUAAUGGGGUUCCUGGGUUUAUUUGAAUAUGUGACAGCUCUCGUGCCACACAUAUCUAUCUAUAUCAUGGGUAGAAACAACUAUAAAGCAAUAGGAGUUGCUCUUGCUGCCAUCUAUGUUCCAUUGAUGUUUAAACAUUUCUAUAUCAAGAAAAUAGAGAAGUCUCGCCAAACCGACAUUUACAAACAAAAGACAAUCGUUGAUUUGCGUCAUCAUAUGUCUGCUGUAGAAUUCAGAGAACAACAACAACCACAAGUUCAACAAAUACAAGAACAAGAUGAAGAAAUUGAAGCACAACAAGAAGUUCAAGUACAAGAAGUGGAACAAGAAGAAGUUCAAGAAACUCAAGUCCAAAAUGCCAAGGAGAUAGGAGGAGGAGAAAUCGAAAACCCAACAACAAGUCAAAUAGAUAUAAUAAUUAGAAAAUGGUCGUCUGACCUCAAAGUUUAG